AUGUAUCAUGCCAUUGUUAAUCAGUUGUCACGCGGAAAUUUAAGUUCAUUAAGAUGGCUCGAAAGACCAAUUACGAAAGACUAUCAAAAGGAAGAUCUUGUUCGUAUCCAUUAUGCAUUGUUGAACUUUAGAGACGUGAUGUUGGCAACAGGUAAAAUAGGAUUAGAUGUGUUUCAACAGGACAGAAAAAAUGUUGACAACGUACUUGGAUUUGACUAUAGCGGAAUCAGUACCGGUGGUCGACGUAUUAUGGGACUUAAUCCAAACAAAUACGCAAUACCAUGCGUAUAUUCCACAUGUGUUGCUGCACUUUAUAUUAACAGAGAAAUGAAAAAGGGUGAUAGAAUACUUAUCUAUUCUGGUGCUGGUGGUGUUGGCCAAGCAGCGAUUACUAUAGCUCUUCACGAAAGCUGUAAAAUAUUAACUACCGUUGGUACACCUGAAAAACGUAAAUUCAUUAAAGAAACAUUUCCCAGUAUCGACGAUAAUCAUAUUGGAAAUUCUAGAGAUACUAGUUUCGAACAAAUGAUUUUGCAAGAAACCGACGGUGGAGGUGUAGAUAUAGUUCUAAAUUUUUUAGCGGAAGAAAAACUUUUAGCAUCUCUGCGUUGUUUAGCCUAUAGAGGACGAUUUUUAGAAAUUGGAAAGUUUGAUUUAGCUGCAAAUAAUCUGUUAGACAUCGAUGUCUUUACGAAGGAGAUCAGUUUCAUGCUGUAA